UCUUUCUUUCUUCCUUUCUCUCUCUUAUCCGCUCCUGUCUCUUCCUCUGUUCCGCCGCCGCCGUCACCCUCCUCCGUCAGAUUCAAUCCUCUCCUCCGCCGCCACCACAACCACUCAUUACCUCCUUCGCUUAGUUGGGAAGCUUAGUUUCCUGAAGACUGGGGCUCUUCAAAUCAAUGUCUGAAGCUGAUAUGGCCAUCAUUAAACCUGAGAUGAUGAUGAAAUCGUAUAUAUGGCUUGAAACUGCUGAUGGAUCAAUCCAACAAGUGGAGCAAGAGGUUGCAAUGUACUGUCCCAUGAUAUGUCACGAAGUUCUACAGAAGGGUCUAGGUGCUGGAUCUUCUAAGAACUGUGCAAUUUCUCUUCCACAGCGAGUCAAUCCAGCCAUGUUAAGCUUGAUUCUCGAUUACUGCAGAUUUCAUCAAGUACCUGGACGUUCAAAUAAGGAGCGUAAAGUUCAUGAUGAAAAAUUCAUCCGGAUGGAUACAAAGCGGCUUUGUGAGUUGGCCUCAGCCGCUGACAGUUUGCAGUUGAAACCUUUGGUUGAUCUAUCUAGCCGUGCACUUGCACGGAUUAUUGAGGGGAAAACCCCUGAAGAGAUACGUGAAAUAUUUCAUUUACCUGAUGACCUUACUGAGGAAGAGAAAUUAGAGCCUCUGAAAAACUUGAUGGAUGAUCCGCGUAUCCGACUCUUGAAUAGAUUGUAUGCUAAGAAAAGAAAGGAAUUGAAAGAAAGAGAAAAACUUAAGGGUAAAGAGGUUGAAGAACGAGUCGACGAGCGUUCUGUGGAUGACCUUUUAUCGUUUAUUAAUGGCAAAGAUCACAAGGUGGUAAAGACUUCCAAGAACAAAAAAAAGAACAAGAAAAGGAAGGAGCAUAAAAAUAAGGAUUCACAUAAUUUGCAUUCCAAGAAACAAGGCGUCCAAAUUGUUGAGGAGACUGCCUCCAGCUUGGGAGGGGUAUCUAACCUACCCAGUAUGGAAGAUGAUAUUUUUUCACUGAAGACUGACUCUGAAGAUGGUUAUAUAGAUGAUGGAAUGGAUCCAGUUUUGAAGGAAAUGCUUGAUAGGGAAGUAGAGGAUUUUGCUCGGAGAUUGAACUCAAGUUGGGUUCUAUCUUCAGGACAAGAAAGGCAGCCUGUGCACUUUUCCAUAAACGGCAAUGGGGCUACAAGGCGAUUAACAGGUACACACACACGACAACCGUCUUUUCAGGGUUAAUCUUUGCAUCACAAAGGUGAUGUUGAACUGAAUCACUUACCAUAUCGAGUGUUGGAUAUAGCUAUAGAUGACUGAUGGGAGAUAGUUCAGUUUGCCUUCGGUUUUGAACAUUGAAGGACCAGCUGCAGGACACAAAUGAAGCUGAUAACUCUAAAGCCCAAUGGCUGGAACAGUUUUGGUGAUCGAUCCCACAUUUAGAUUGUAAGCAAUUAGAGAGAGAGUGGUGUUCUUCAUGGGUGUCCCUCCUGUAAUAUAUUGCUUUGUUUCUUCUUCUUGUCAUAAACCAUUAUCGUUGAUCCGAGAGUUUAGGAUGCAGUUUUGCUUCUCUUUUGAUCAACCUUUGUAUACCAACUUUUUAAUUAUUUAUUGGUUACCUUUCUGUAUUUUCUUAAACUAAAGAAUAAUUAUAUGAAGAAG